AUGGCUGAGGAGUUGAACGAGUUCCAAGAGGCUGCCAACUUUGACGAGACUAAACUCAGAGAGUUGUCGAAUGUUUGCGCUCGUCUUCGCCGAAUGCAACUUUUAGACGCUGACAUGGAGGUGGUUGUUGUUGAAGGAGAACUCCAAAGAAUUCCCCGUCAAAUGGAGCAGGUGAAGGAGGGUCAAGUCGUGAACAACGCUGGAGGAUACGUCUUCCCAGUGUCCGACGAGACACAGGUCCGUCGAUUCUUGAUUCUCGGAUCCGACAAGGGAACUUACCAUCAAUCAUCAGAGAAGAUUACCAUGGAUAACGCCCAGAGAAUCAUCAAGAUUAUCGAGGAAGGAAACGGACACAUGGUUCUGAAAGAGCUUGCUCUUAUCAACGCCGACAAUCGUAAUCCAAAAAUGAGUGCGAUGAUCUUCACUCUUGCCCUUUGCGCCCGUAUCGCAACCCACGAUACAACCAAAAAGAAUGAGUGUCCAAUGCUUCACACUUAUUCAGAGUAUAUCCAUCAACUUCACUCAGCCGCUUUCCGACUUCUCCCGGAUGUCUGUCGCACGCCAACCCAUCUCUUCGAGUUCGUCGGUUAUUGUCAGGAUAUUGCUGAAAGCACGAAAGCAGGAGGAGCAAAGUCGUCCACUGGAUGGGGACGUUCCAUGAGACUUGCCAUCAGCAAAUGGUAUAAAACCAAGACAGCGGAGAAGUUGGCCAUGUUGCUGACCAAGUAUCCACAACGUGAAGGAUGGUCGCAUCGCGAUCUCUUCCGUCUUGCUCAUCCUAACCUCAUGGAAGACGGACCGGAACACACACGUCGUGCUGAUCGUCUCGAACGAGAGCAACUCUUCCGCUUCGCAGUCAAAGGAGACUUGGUCAAGAGAAAGAGAAAGAUGAACGAAGACGAGAUUGCUGAAGUCGAGUCGAAAUGGGAUAGGAAGGCUUUGAAGGUGGAUUACACUGAGGAACAACUUAUCAAGGAAGAACAGAGCAGAGCUCUGGAUCUUGUUGAGGCGUACCUCAACCUGAAACAGGAACAAAGCGAGGAAGUUAUCGUAGCGGCGAUUAAGAAGCACGGACUCGUUCGUGAGCAUCUGCCAACCUCCAGUCUUAACUCGAAGCUCGUCUGGGAAACCCUCUUCGAUGUUCCGAUGCCGAUGACUGCCAUGAUCCGCAACCUCGCCAAGAUGACUGUUGUGGGAGCACUUGACGAUAAGCGUGUUGACUCGAUCAUCAAGAGACUCACCGAUCAGGAGGAACUUCGUCGUUCUCGCAUUCAUCCACUCAACUUACUGACUGCUCGCGCCGUCUACGCCCAAGGACGUGGAGACAAGGGAAAACUCGCUUGGGAGCCAAAUCAAAAGAUUUGCGAUGCUCUCGAAGCUGGAUUCUACAAGGCGUUUGUGAAUGCUCCACCAACUGGAAAACGCUACUGUUUGGCUCUCGAUGUUUCUGGAAGUAUGUGCUCUCCUGUCAGCUCAUCGCCUUUGUCGUGCCGCGAAGCCGCCACUGGAAUGUCUCUCAUCAAUCUGCACAAUGAGGCUGAGGUGAAAUGCGUUGCUUUCUGUGACAAGCUCACGGAACUUCCAUUCACCAAGGACUGGAAAAUCGGACAAGUGAACGACUAUAUCGACAAACUCAGCUUCGGCAGCACUGAUUGCGGUCUUCCGAUUACAUGGGCGACCGAGAAUAACCUCAAGUUCGACAUAUUCAUCAUCUACACCGACAAUGAUACUUGGGCGGGAAACGUUCAUCCAUUCGAAGCCAUCAAAAGAUAUCGCGAGGCUUCCGGAAUCCACGACGCCAAGGUCAUCGUCAUGGCGAUGCAAGCCUACAACUACUCGAUUGCCGAUCCAUCGGACGCCGGAAUGCUUGACAUCACCGGAUUCGAUUCGGCAGUUCCACAAAUUGUCCACGAGUUCGUGACUGGAAAAAUCUAA